AUGGUCAAGGCCGGUGUUGCACUCGUGGCUUUUGCUGGCCCAGCUUUUGCAGGGGUCAUUGGGACCGGGAGCCAUGACCAGGUAAGCCUUUUGGCGCAAGCUUGCCCUUCAUGUUCUAUCAUGCUAACACGAGAGAACUCCAAGCCGCAUGUUGGUCCGACUGCCCCCAUCAAGCCACCAAGCAACUCUGAAAAGUGGACCACCACUACUGAGCCUCAUUGGGUCACCAAGACAACCACCUUCGUGACCACUUCCUGCCCAGUGACCCAUUCUACUGUCACUUCUGGCACGAAGACUCUGACGGUCCCUAUCACACUGACUGAGACUGUGACUUUGACCACCACCACUGUCUGUGACCUGAACACUGAGCCGCCAGAGGUUAUUGUCCCCACUGGAGUUGUGACUACUAAACCUCUGGUCCCGACCUCUGUCACGACCACAGAGACAGUGUGCACUACUUGCCACCACAACAACACAACUGUCCCGCCUCAUUCGAGUACCUAUGUUCCAGGCCACAACACUACUAUUGUGCCCCCUCACUCGACCACCCAGGUCCCAGGUCACAAUACUACUAUUGUCCCGCCUCACUCGACCACCCAGAUUCCGGGUCACAACACUACCAUUGUGCCCCCAGGAACCACCAACGGUACUAUUGUUGUUCCCCCAACAAGUGUGCCCAGCCACAACACCACUGUGAUCCCCCCUGCACCUGUCCCAACCCAGAAUCCUGGCCAGAACAACACCGUUGUGCCCAUCCCACCCAAGCCUGCUCCUUUCACCAACUCCACUGUUCCAUCAGUGCCCACAGUGCAGCCGGUCCCUGUUCCCCCAGUCGUUCCUGGCCAGCCCUCUGUUCCUGGCCAGCCAUCCGUUCCUGGACAGCCUUCCAUUCCUGGACAGCCUUCUACUCCUGGACAGCCCUCUACUCCUGGUCAGCCUUCCCUGCCUGGCCAGCCUGGUGUUCCCGAGCAGCCAUCUACUCCUGGACAACCCUCCGUUCCUGGACAGCCCUCUACUCCUGGACAGCCCUCUACUCCUGGUCAGCCCUCUACUCCUGGACAGCCCUCUACUCCUGGACAGCCCUCUACUCCUGGACAGCCCUCUACUCCUGGUCAGCCCUCUACUCCUGGUCAGCCCUCUACUCCUGGUCAGCCCUCUACUCCUGGUCAGCCCUCUGCUCCUGGACAACCCUCCGUUCCUGGACAACCCUCUACUCCUGGACAGCCUGGUGUUCCCGAGCAGCCUUCCACUCCUGGACAGCCUUCCACUCCUGGUCAGCCUUCCACUCCUGGUCAGCCUUCCGUGCCUGGCCAGCCUGGUGUUCCUGAGCAGCCCUCGACUCCUGGCCAGCCUGGUGUCCCUGAGCACCCCUCUACUCCUGGCCAGCCUGCCGCCCCUGGUGAGUCUUCGGUUCCCGGCCACCCGGAAACCCCUGCUCCUUCUGCUUCGCCCGCUCAGCCUUCUGGUGUCUCGCCGGUGUCGCCUUCGGAAUCUUCCCAUCCCUUCACUGGCUCCGCCGCCCAGAGCUUCAAGCCCGCUGCCGGCCUCCUGGCUGGUGUCAUGGGUCUCAUGCUCCUGCUCUAA